GCCCUUAAGGCAACAGCUCUACCCCUGCUGAAGAAGUUUGGAAUUGAUGGUGAAAGUCUGGAAAUCAAGAUCAAUCGGAGAGGGAUGCCUCCCAAAGGGGGUGGAGAGAUACUAUUUGCUUGCCCAGUGAGAAAGGUCUUGCAGCCUGUUCAGUUCACAGACCCUGGCAAAAUCAAGCGCAUCAGAGGAACUGCAUACUCUGUCAGAGUGUCACCACAGAUGGCAAACAGAAUGGUGGAAUCUGCAAGGAGCAUCCUGAAUAAAUUCCUCCCAGAUAUUUAUAUCUACACAGAUCAUAUGAAGGGGGUCAGCUCUGGAAAAUCACCAGGUUUUGGUAUGUGCCUUACUGCAGAAACCAUCAAUGGCACUAUUCUCAGUGCUGAGCUAGCCUCAAACCCUCAGGGCCAGGGAGCAGCUGUGCUCCCCGAGGAACUUGGCCAGAAUUGUGCUAAGCUAUUGCUUGAGGAGGUCUACAGGGGAGGCUGUGUAGAUUCAACAAAUCAGAGCCUUGCUCUGCUCCUCAUGACCCUUGGACAACGGGAUGUUUCCAAAGUCCUGUUAGGACCUCUGUCUCCAUAUACGUAA